AUGGAAGCAGAAGCAGAUGUUAUGAUUGUGGGAGCUGGAAUUUCUGGCCUUGCAACAUCCUUAGGACUUCACAGGCUGGGGAUUGGAAGCUUCGUGUUGGAAUCAUCUGAUAGUUUGAGGACAACAGGGUUUGCAUUCGCAAGAUGGAUAAAUGCAUGGAAGGCCUUAAAUUCCCUUGGUCUUGCCAAUUCUCUUCGCCAACAUCAUGUCACACUUGAUGGACUGCCAAUCUCGACCGUUAGUUACGCAAAUAGAAUCUCGACCGAAUGUGACUUCCUCAAGAAUUACAGGGCUUCAAACUUGGAAGGCCUUGCAAAUGAACUCCCUAGUGGCACCAUCAGGUUCUCAUCGAAGGUGGUUUCCGUUGACGAAUCGGGCUACUUUAAGCUGGUGCAUCUGGCAGACGGGACCAUCCUCAAAGUCAAGUCAUUAUCAGAAGGCCAAGAUGCACUCGCUCCUGCAACUUAUCCCACAUCGCUCGGUUGA